AUGUCUCGCAAAUUCUUCGUCGGUGGAAACUGGAAAAUGAACGGCGACUUCGCGUCAGUCGACGGAAUUAUCUUGUUCCUCAAUCAAUCCGGCGGAAACGAUCAAGUCGAUAUUGUUGUCGCGCCACCAGCACCAUAUUUGACCCAUGUGAAAGCCGCCUUGAAAAACAACAUCAAGGUUGCCGCUCAAAAUGCGUACAAAGUUCCAAAGGGCGCUUUCACCGGUGAAAUUUCGCCAGCCAUGAUUAAGGAUUUGGGAUUGGAAUGGGUUAUUUUGGGACACUCGGAAAGAAGACACGUUUUUGGAGAAAGUGAUGCGGUAAGUCUUGAAUAUAUAUUCCUUCUCUAAAAAUCCCCCAUUUCCAGCUCAUCGCUGAAAAAACCGUCCACGCUUUGGAAUCCGGAAUCAAAGUGAUCUUCUGCAUUGGAGAGAAAUUGGAAGAGCGCGAAGCCGGUCACACAAAAGACGUCAACUUCCGUCAACUUCAAGCCAUCGUUGACAAAAACGUCGAUUGGACCAAUAUUGUUAUUGCUUAUGAACCAGUCUGGGCGAUUGGAACUGGAAAAACUGCGUCGCCAGAACAAGCGCAAGAGGUAGGAUAUUUUUUUUUAAAGAUUUUCUCAAUUUUUAAUUUGAAAUUCCAGGUGCAUGAAUGGAUUCGUCAAUUUUUGCGCGAAAAAGUUUCGCCAGCCGUCGCCGACUCGACUCGUAUUAUCUACGGAGGAUCCGUAACCGCUGAAAAUGCUGCCGAUCUCGGAAAACGCGCUGACAUUGAUGGAUUCUUGGUCGGCGGAGCUUCGUUGAAACCAGAUUUCGUCAAAAUCAUCAAUGCUCGUCUUUAA